AGGGACCAAGCAGAAAGGGGGCGGCACACUGACCUAGAGGAGGAGGGUGGCCAGGGGCACGACGAGGAUGCAGAGCUACAGGCUGCCUUACACCAGUCCCGCCAAGAGUAUGACUUUAUGCAGCAAGCUGGGCCACGAUACGAGAGGGGUGGCGGAUCUGGAGCUGCUUCUGGAUCUAUAAGUGGUGGUGUUGGAGGCAGUGGUGGACCACAGCCUUCGAUGUUCAGAAGGAGUCAGUCACAAGUCCCCGAGAGGGUUAGGGACUACCACCUAGGUUUGAGCAGUGCUCCACGACAGCAAAGGAUUGAUACCGGCCCAUGGACUGUCAAGGGGAGGACAUCAAGAGAGCUUCUAGGGAGGGCAUGGGCGAAGGCGUGCCAUGCUGUCGGUAUUCCCGGUCGGAAAGUCGAUGACCCAUACUUUAAAGCUGCGAUCGUGGAGACCCAGAAACAAGGUGUUGGAAUCAAAAUACCAUCAGGGAGGGAGAUAGAUGGAAAAUAUUUGGAUGAGAAUGUGAAGGAGAUAGAGAAAGAGAUAGAGAAGUGGAAGAACGAGUGGGAUGAAUGUGGAGUCACGAUCAUGUGUGAUUCAUGGACGGGGCCUAUGCGUAAUUCGGUCAUUAAUUUCUUGGUGUAUAGCGGUGGCACCAUGUAUUUCUUGAAGUCCAUCAAUGCGUCCGACAAAAUACAGGACCAUCAAUACUUGUUGAAAGAGAUACGAGCAGUGGUCAUGAAAGUGGAGCCUCACAAUGUGGUUCAGCUUGUCACGGAUAAUGGUUCGAACUACAAAAAAGCCUGCAAAAUUCUCUGUCACGAGUUCCCUACCAUUGCAUGGCAGCCUUGCCUUGCCCAUACCAUCAACCUUAUGCUGAAGGACAUAGGGAAGUGGCCGGAGCAUGAUGCUUGUAUUCGAAGCGCGCAACGAAUUUGCAGCUGGCUCUACAACUCCAACAGUUUACACAGCAUGAUGAGGGAAGCCAUCGGUGGAGAGUUGGUCAACUGGAAUGUAACAAGAUUUGGGACCAACUACAUGUUCCUUGAAAGCAUGUAUAAGAAGAAGGACCAGUUCAUGACAUGGUUAGUGUCACCUGAGUUCCGACGGUCCCGCCACUUCAAAAGUGAAACUGGAAGGUACAUUUACGAAUGCAUCACAAGUCUUGAAUGGUGGGCGAAUAUGGAGUAUGUGAUCAAUGAUGUUGAGCCUCUGUACAUGUUUUUGAGAUUUGCUGACACAGACAAGACACCUAAUUUGAGUGAGGUGACAAUGGAGUAUCAAAACAUGAGGCAGACAUAUGCCAGCAAGUUCAGCAGUGACUACCCCCGGUUUGAAAAGAUCAUGGCUGUGAUAGAUGCAAGGAUGACCACAGUGAUGUCAGGCACAUAUAUGGCCACUGCUUGUGCUCUUAACCCUUAUGUGCAGUACAGUUUGGGCACAUCACAGAAAGUCAUGGCAGUAAUGCGCAAUGGCCUGGAGAAAAUGUUGGAUACUAAUUCAGCAGCAAUUGCAUUGCAAGAAUUUGAAAUAUUCAUGAUGAAGCAAGGUGAGUUCUCUAGUGACAUUGCUAGGCGAAUGGCCAUUGACCGGAAAACUUCACCAGCUGCUUGGUUGAGCCACCAGAAAUUGGACAAAUUGGUCUUUGUGAACUACAACCCCCGCUUGCGUCUGCAACGUGCUACUAGAGGGGUCGAUCCAUAUGACUAUGAUCCAGUUAGCAGUUUCAUGGAUCUUUCUUUGUACCGGCAGUCAUCAGCAAUUCAAGAUUGGAUGAAGCAAUCAAGGUCCAAUGGAGACCCAGCAUUUGAUGAAGACUCUGACUUCACUGACACUCCAUUGCCGAGCCAGAUGUUCACUGACAUAGGCUCUUCUCAUGGUCACGAUGAAGAUGUGGAGACAUGGGCCGAAGAAACAAUUGGGGACACACAUCUGGGAAAAAGGAAGACUAAGAUUGGUCCCGAAAUGAGAAAAGGGAAGAAACCACGCACUGAGGAGGAGUUAGGUAGUGACGAUACCACACCUGAGCCUAGUGGUGGUGAGGACAUUGGUGAUGAUGAUGAUGAUGAUGAUGAUGAUGAUGAUGAUUCCAGUAGCAGUGAAGGUGAUGGCAAUGAUGGCAACGAAAGUGGUGGUUAUCGUAUAUCUCCUACUAUAAGGUUCACUGGGGAGGAGGCCUUCACCCAUGCAACACAAGAUACAGAUCAUGGAGCACCUACUUCAUAA